CUUUAUGUGCUGUAACCUUGUGGCGCUGGCCUCGCAGUGAAAAGAAAUAUCGUCCGACCUUGGCGAUCACGAGUCACCCACGUGAAUAACAUCGUGAACAUGAAUGAGGCACCCAAGAGGAAUGAGAGUGGUGAAUAUGAUGCCCAUGAAUUACGAGGCUCGGUACCGCUAGUUCCCUUCACAUUCGCGGCGACUAAUUAAUAGAGGCCUUUAAAGUGGCCCUUUCUUAUCGAUAAGACUGCGGUUUCUUGCAGCUCGUGGGCUCUGCGUGCAACUGUGCAACUUCCCUCUGAUUAAUAUUUGGCUAUAGCGACGACAUGGCAACAUCAGCAGAGUCAGACCAGUCAGCUGGUCAAGGCGUCAAUUGGAACAAAGAAAAUGAAGCUUUCCAAACAAAGCGCACCUCAGAAUACUACGAUCCGUGCCAGGAAGCCGCGAACAAAAGCAUCAAGUGUAUGAACAGAAAUGGAGGAGAUAGAGAUAUGUGCCAGGAUUAUUUUCAGGCCUACCGGGAUUGCAAAAAAGAAUGGAUGGCAAGACGAAAAGCUGAGAAAAAGUCAUGGUUCAGCUGAAUGAACAGCCAACACUUGGCGAUGCCCAUAUAUCGUAAAUGAAAAUGUGAAAGGUACAUGUAUAACAGGAGCAUAUAGCAAGAUUUGCACAUAGCGUUGGCGCUGGUCAUGCACAUAUUAAUGUCACAGUAGGCGGAGCGUCUUGUAUGCCUGAUGUCAAAUGAGAUACCUUGUACUCCGUAUAGUGACGAAGUAAUUACUUUGAGGUCACGAUGAUAGCACCAUAUCUCCACUCCCUGAAAUAUCUCGUGUUUACUAUGACUAGACAUUUAUCUCAAGGCGUUGAAGGCUUGCUCGUGCCAUCAUCAACAGUUGUCUGAUGGCAAAGAUCUACGGCUACUCCGCAAUCCACUGUUUUUGUCAACUAGUCUUUGUAAAACAAUUUUCCCCUCAUAUCAUUUCCCUGCGCAUUCACCUUUGGUGGUUUGGGUGGCCGGUAUGUGAGAAUGUCGGAUCCAAGCGUGACUGAACGCAGGAUUCGUCCGAUACAGGAUGCUAUCGCAACCUCUAGCUGGAAACAGGCCCUCCAGGCGUGUGAUAAGUGGACAAAGAAGGGCGAGAAGUCCGACAGAUUCCUGGCCCUGAGAGCAUUUGUUCUUGUCAGCCACCCUGAGCCAGUUCAUCAUGUUCGCGGCCGUGCAGAGGUCGAGAACCUCUGCAAGCGUAAUCCUCCGAUCACUAACCCCGAAGCCAUAUAUCAAUUGCAGGAUGCGCUUAAGGCUCUCGGUAUGGAAGCAGAGGGCGAAGGUAUGAAGCUGUGGGAAAGAGCAGCAGUAGCAAAGCCCAAUGACAAAGACCUGCUUAUGCGCUGGAUCAAUCAAGCAAUUUACUCAAGCGACUGGCACAGUGCUCAAAAGGCCGCCAUGGGUUUGCGAAAAUCAUUCCCCAAGGACCGAAACUACGAGUUCUGGAACAUCGCCAUGUGUUAUUUGAUAUCCGUACAAAGCGGCGUGCCAGAGAAAGACCGCAUGCUAUUUGGAACUCUGGCAUACAGGAUGAUCACCAAGGCUGUCGAGGCGAUUCCGCCCGGUCAGGACCGCGUCAUUGCACCCGGGAAAGAACUGGCGACUCCAGAAGAAGUCUCGUUGCUUGUCCAGAUUCUCAACUCGACUGGUCGCCCACAAGAGUCUGUAAAGCUAUUGCAGAGCGCUUCUCUGAAUACAAAGUCUGCGAUCGGCAAGCAAGAUAGUCAAUUGAUAGCGCUUCUGCUUGCUCAAUCUCUCGAACAGUCACAGCAGUGGGAGGAGGCAUUCUCCUACUGCCAUGGAUUACUAUCGUCAAGCCAGUACUCCCGGAAUGACGACCAAGUUUGGGGCCUCUACCUAACGGCACUAUCAAACUUGCCUUCGGAGAGCUUUCGACCAAAAGCAAAAGAGAUGCUAGACUUUGCCUGUACGGAAAGGGCAUUUUCAAGGAGCGCACACAUGGCGAUGAUGAAGUUCUUAUCAGGCGAGCAAGGAGACGAUCAUCUGGAAGACCUUCUUCGAACCUGCCUGAAGUACGGAUGCAACUUUUCUGAUAAAGCUUUUUGCUUCGACGACAUGAAAAUUGCUCUACGUCGACUCGACAAAAAUCGGCUUGACACGUUCAGCGAAUCACUCCUCAGUCCCACAGAUAUUCUGAAAGAUCUCUUCAACCUCAAAGUCGACUAUAGCUUUCUUUCGGCCGACGCAGGCGAACAACAACUCAUAGAUUCUGCCCGACGAACCCUGUUGCUCUUCAAACGGGCCCAAGAGACCUCUCAACCUUGUCAAGAAGCCGCGUUCCUAGCUGCAUUAGCUAUACUUCGGCUUUCGAUGAAGAAAAAUUCCAACGAACUUGGGUUGUUCGCUCUGGCUUUGCUUGAGACAGGACGUACUAAAUCCGGAGACUAUUACUUAUUCACCAUCUUAGUUGUCCACCUUCAAGUGCACUUCGGCCUCAUGUCUCUGGCAAUGAAAACAUUCCUGCGGCUCAGUGUCAAGAACAUGCAGUGGGAGUCUGUCGGCCACCUCUUCUUGACACGCAUAUCAACAUUGCAUCCUGCGCCGAGCGGUGCAGGCGAAGAAGCUUUCGAUCCAUCCCAUGCCGUCGGUAUUGGUCUAACGAUUCUCGAGAAUGCAGAUAAUGCCCUUGUCCGCGGCAUUCGAGAAGGCCUCAGCCACGGCAGCUAUUCCAACAUCCACAACAGCGUGACGGUGCGAUCUCAAAUCGAACACAGUAUGAACCGACAGCUGUUUAUGAUCGAAGAGCGCAAGCUUGCGAGACAGCUGGGGAUACCUCAAGACACCAUGUUACCCCCCUGUCCAUCACACCUUGUCGAUAAGCGAGACUUUAGCUACCUCCCCUCUUAUCGUGACGAUGAUCCUGAGCUGUUGCAAAGGUUCCGAUGUGGCCCUUUGCCGAAGGAAAGGUGGAUAACAGCAAUGGCCGCCUUUGAGAAUGUGGCGACGUAUCUCGAGGCACAACUCACCUCGCAGUCGACCUUGUUGGCCAAGGUCUCUGAAACCUUGAACGGCGCCCUCACACAGCUUGAUAGUGUCAGCAACGAUCUCGAGAAUUCGGACCUGACCAAACAAGAAAUCUCCAACCUGACGUGUUACAAGCUUCUGGCUCAGGCUGUGAUCUUCAUCAGGGACGGAUCAGCCAAGCUAGACCAAUGGAACGAUGUAUUGUCCCAGCUUGAUCGAUGGCUUUCAAAGACUCUCGAACAGCGCAAAACGCACCCCUCUGGCUUCUCGGUGAGCGAUGUACGCCUGCCAAGCUGGGAGGACCUACACAACAGCCUGAGUCAGCUGGAGACGCUCAAGGCCAUUGCCAUGUUGCUGGGCGUCUUGUCCAAAACAUCUUCCAAGGGAGCCAAGGGCAAGGUCGCGGCCAGUCCGAGCAAGGAGUCACUCGGUGACGUGCGAGAACGUGUCUCGGAGCUGGAGAAGCAGAUUCACGACGAUGCACGAGACUUGAAAGAGCAAGUCACCGCGGCCGGCGUGCUGGGCAAAUUGGUCGACGUGGGUCUCGGUCGCGAGGGCGUCCCCUCCGAGCUCGGCAGUAUAAUGCAGGAGCUGUGCGAGGAAUCCUGGAUGGAAAACUACUGUGGGAACAUGAAGGAGAGCUGGGAGGAUGCCGUCAAUGGGGUGUUGGCCGUCAAGGUCAAGGUAUACUCCUGAGGAGCGGAUCCUCUUCUUUUGCUUCACGCUGGUUUGUUCCGUACUCUGUUACACACUUUGGUCUGCGACUUUGGUCUUGCAUAGCAUCGGGGGCUCGCAUUGGCAGGAUACAAAAACACCAGUUAAGUUCUACUCGGUAGAAUAUCACAGUUCCCUUGGGAAAAAACACACGCAAAAGAGAG